GUCAUCAUGGAACAUUAAGAUCAGAGCAUUGACUCGCCUCAGUGAGAAAGGACCUAACUACCCACCAUCUCCUAGCCAAGUCUUUUGGAUGACAUUAAUGUGCAUAUUAUUGCCUGCUUGUAUCUGAUUAUUUCAAGGAAAAGGCAAUCAGAAACUUUUGUUGUUUUUGUGUGGAAUUAUCCGAACUAUUGACUAGAGCAGCUUUUUUGUGAGUUUGACUUUAUCUGAACAAUCGCCAAACAUGCAGGGUUCGGUACCUUCUUCUCCCAACCAGAGUCUGAGCGACUCCUCCGGCACAGAAGAGAGCCUGAAGAAUAUGUCGGAUGACGGCACCGGGAAGUUGGAGAAGUCCCUGGAAAGUUUCCCAGAGUCCCCCCGCUCCGAGUGUUCCGACUCCAGCUCCGGUAUAGACACACCUGACAAAAGAUACUCCGGAAAAUGGAAAGAGAGCGCACAAGAAAGAGAUAUUCGCCGAUACAGGACAGCUUUCACAAAAGAGCAACUGAACAGAUUGGAAAAGGAAUUCCUCAAGGAGAACUACGUCUCUCGUCCCAAAAGAUGUGAACUCGCAGCCCAACUGAACCUCUCAGAGAGCACUAUCAAGGUCUGGUUCCAGAACCGUCGUAUGAAGGACAAACGUCAGAGAAUGGCCUUGACCUGGCCCUAUGGAAUCCCCCCAGAUCCCCAGCUGUACGCCUACUUGGCCGCCGCCGCCGCUUCCUACCCCUACGGAGUCCCCAGUGCUACAUCCCUUCCGUACCCCUCUUUAGGGCUCCAUGGACUCCCAUCUUCUGCUAGUUCAGCUUUUACUCCGCUGUCUGUUCCUAGUCCGCUCCCGUCUCGUCUUGAUAUGCUCAACUCCCUGGCACACAGCAGUAGCCCACUCCACCGCCUGCCGGGACUGGAUCAUCUUUCCCAGAUCUCUUCUCCACCCACCGGACUCCACAUGCCUCCCAGAAUGCAUUUCCCUUGGAUGGAACACAAUCCCGCAAUUUGUGGUGUGUCGUCUGGAAAGCCUUGCACCUGCCCUACUCCCGGCUCCAUUGGACUGUCUUCCACGUCUAUCUCCUCGCCCAUGUCGGGCCUUUUCCCGCCACCACCCUUUACGUCAUCUCCACUUCGCACUUCUCCACUGAGCUCACUGAGCUCCACACAACAUCCACUCCUACAGAAAGGCGAGCUAGAAAGGUCGUGAGGUCACGAUAACCGCUUAGACAAUUUAUUGCUUAAAAUGUUGAGUGCGUGAGAGAAUGAAUGAAACCUAGAUUGAAUGAAUAAGCUUAAGUGAUGAGAGUGAAAAGACCAAUUUGAAUACUCAUGAUGAAUGGUCGUUUAAUAUUGCCAAUGAUCUUUUAGCAAAUCCAUGUAAAUAUAACUCUACCCUUAGUAGGCAGUCUUUGGUGACGCCUUGUUGCAGCAGACACAAAUGUAGACACGUGAUCACGUGACCCUUCGUUGUAUUUAUAUAUUAUUUGAUAUGUUGUUUUAACUAUGUAUUGUUAUUAAACAAUUUAAAUCCAAAA